UCCUCUCCCCCCAUCUCGGCAGCAGUGCUCCACGCCGCCGGCCAAAUCUUGUGUUUCUCCCCGCCUCCUUGAAUCAAGACCACCUCCCGGAGAUAAGGCGCCGCGCUUCUCGUUUCCCGGGGCGGGUGGCGGGAGGAGGGCAGAGUUGUCGUUGCGUCGUCAGGGAGUUAGCGGGAGGCGGCUGCUCCAGAUGCAGACGGUGAAGAACUUCGACCCACUGGAACUGGAAGUGCCCCCCUCGAUCUUCGAGGUCACUCUCAUCUUGCGUGCGGCCAAGGAGGCCGAGCCCAAGAACUUGCGCGUCGCCUUCCUCUGUGAGCAGAGUCCAUUUUCCUCCUCCGAUCUUCCCGAUCCCACAUUGAUUUUCUCUUGGCAAUCGCAGGCUUAUUUUGCAUCUUUUCAUGUAUUCUUCCACGUCGUUUCUUCGCGUUCGAGACAUCGCAUCGGCUCGACCCGGCCUCCAGCGGCAGUGGAGUUCGUCGGUUCAAGACCACGCUUCUGCAAACGCUAUCGAGGGUAUUCUGCAAACGGAGCCUGGAAUUCUCUUUUUUUUUUCUUUUCAUCCCAAUGUUUUUUUUUUAUGUUGCGAACGAAAUUUGACUUGUGGCGGUCUGUGUCCCUCUCUCAUUUAGGAUAACACCUCGGCGAAUGACAAGGGUGAUCCGCAAGAGAUGCAGCGGUUCUACCUUUAUUACUAUGAGAAUUUCAUAAAGACUUUUCAGAAUAAAAUCGACAAGUCUGACCGGUGAGAGGCAAUUCUUGAGCCUAUUUAUGUUGCCAUAAAAUAGCAAAAAUCACUACUCGAUUUAUUUGCUCCUCUUUAACCACAACGUUUCUGUUGAUCUGGUUGCUCAGUGGUCUGCUCACUAAAUCGUUCCAGACUGAAGCUGUCUUGUUUGAGGUGCUGAAACAGGUUAAUCGGAUCCAUAACGUUGAAGUUGAUCGGGCGGUACACAAUUGUGGAUUUACUGUUAUUUGGAGAUACUGUUCUUUGCUUUCUUUGUUCAUUGCGAAGCAACGUAUUUUUAAUUUGUACUGUAUGUCACACAGGUUUUGGAAACGCACUGUAAAAUUGAGGAAAAGAGGGAACUGUAUACUCUUGAACAGCCAGACAAUCGAUGAUGGACUAUUUUAUCGCGAGACCAAUUUUCUAAUGAGUGUUAAGCGCCAAAAUAUAGUACGUUUUCUAGGUUACUGUGCUAAUGCAGAGAAUAUAGCCUUUAAAGUGAAUGGAUCAGGAAAAUGUGGGAAGUAUUUGUAUCCGGAGAUUAGAGAAAGAUUACUCUGUUUUUGAGUAUAUCAGUAAAGGAAGCCUUCACAAUCAUCUUACUGAUGAAUUAAGAGGACUUGAGUGGCAUACACGUUAUCAAACUAUAAAGGGAAUUUGUGAUGGUCUACAAUAUCUUCACAAGGAAAAGGAUGUUGUUCAUAUGGAUCUUAAACCUCACAAUAUACUGAUGGAUGAUCUCAUGAUACCAAAAAUUACGGACUUUGGUGUAUCAAAACACCUUGAUGGAAUAUCACAAGCUGUUACUGGAGGAUGUCAUGUGUCACUAGGAUAUUGUGCUCCAGAAUAUCUGCACCGUGGCCAGGUGUCUUUCAAGUCAGACAUAUUUAGUCUGGGUGUUAUAAUUAUAGAUCUCGUGACUGGACGUAAGGAGGAUCCUGAUACUAAAAUUGUAAGACUCGUUUUAACUAGGAAUUUCAGAUUUCCUUGUUACCACAACUCCGGAGUUUAGCUAUUAUUAAAUACUUAAUUAAUUUUACAUAAGACCAAUUGGCCACCUCAGUUUUCUUAAGUAGGUCCUUCAGUUUAUACAUACAGUUUGUGAUUACUGUUGGAAAUAUUAGCACGUUUUCGACUAAUCUAAUCCAUGAGUAAACAGUAAGCAUGACAAAUACGGUAUGCAUCUCAUACCGAUACCUAAGCAUGUGAGCACGUACAGUACAUAGAACCGAAACAUCUAUGAACAAAAUAUAUACGGCUAGCACAUGAACCAGCAAAUAGGGGAUGAAUGAGUCAUACCCUCCGGUUGGCCAGGCCAACGCUGUGGCGGCAGCGGCAGCCUCGGCAUCGGCCGAGGCCUUCUUCUUGGUGGCGUCGUCGUCAGCCAUGGGGUCGAUGCAGGGGAAGUAGUGGAAGCAGAGGCGGACGGAGACGAAGACGGAUCGGGAGCAGUCGCGUCCAGACGCUCCUCAAAAACCUUAUUGCCGUUCUCCCCCCGUAGGAUCUCGAACGACAGGGUUCCGGAGGCACCUGCUCUCCCGACCAACCGUGCACGCGGUCGUCGGGAUGGGAUCGCCGGAAGCAGCACAGAGAGAGCAACAAUAGAUGACGGCUAGGGUUGGACGAGAGGGAGUGAGUGAACUGAGUUAGGGUUCACUCCACUGGCCAGAGCCUUCUUAUAUAGGCCGUCAGGUUGAUGGUUCUGGGCAAGGCCCAUGACUGAGUCCGCGAACAGCCCACGGUCCAACGUCUCGGACAGUGGAGCUUCCGUAAGCGACUCAUUAAUUAAUUAAUAAUUAAUUAACCAUUCCUGUGCGGCAAAAAUAAGCUUCGGCUCGGCUCAUUCCCUCAACCCGCGGCACACGCGCGUCGUGACGAGGCGAGGCGUGGCGAGGUGAUACGUCUUCGUUGUAUCUAUAAUUUUUUAUUGUUCCAUGCCAAUAUUCUACAACUUUUACAUACUUUUGGCAAC